AUGGCUGCUUCUUCACCGCGAAUUCAGGAACCAUUGCAAGGCACCGGAUCAACACAAAUUGAUAUGAACAGAAAUAUGCAAAGACAACCACGCAGAGAACAGGUUGGGAGAGGAAAAAGGGGCCGCGCAACGAAAUAUCCCCACGGCAGACGAAAGAUUCCACCCAACAAAUUUGGGGCAAAACCUCGACUUCCUGAUCCCAGCGACCAACUUCCGGAUGCCCAGAUCAGACGAAAAUUCUGA